GCGGCCGUCCUUAGUGGUAUGCUGACCUCCAGAAUUUGUAUAGAAUCAAUCAGAAAAUAAUUAUUAUUUAAUAACUAUGACGUGCAUGAAUCACGUCCAGCGAGUACGAACAUUGUACAAAACUAUUCUAAGAUUGCACAGAGGUUUGCCGGAGGCUCUUCAACCACUAGGAAACCAAUACGUGAGGGACGAAUUCCGUAGGCACAAAACCUGUGCCACUCAAGAAGCCUUUCUGUUCAUGAACGAGUGGACGGACUACGCCAUUACAUUGGCCAAUCAACUAGGAGUGAAAGGAAAACCGAAACCAAUAGACUAUCUGGGAAGCAACUUGGAUGUUAGUAAAUUAGGAGAUUUCCGCGAUGAACAAGUAGCACAGCUCUACGAACUGCUAUUGGCAUCUAAAGCAGUUAGCGAUGAAAACCGGUAAGGAUUCAGUAUUUAAGAAACUUUAAAAUAUAUUAAUAUUUAUG